CCCUACACUCUACAGUGCGCUAGGGGUGUACACUGUUGUCGUCCUCUGCUUAUCCUACGCACACGCCACUGUCACUGACAAGCCAACGCGUCUUUUGCAGAGAAGAGACUGAGAGCCAGCAGAAAAAGAAAGGGCUUUUGGAAUCCUUUGAGAAUAAUGGCAGAGGAGGAGCCUUCUCGAGCUACAUGUUGCUUUCGAUCUCUCGGGGUUCACAGCAGACGAUGUGUCGUAUGUAUGGUUCUUUUUUCCUCGGCGCUUUUCGUGAUCGUUAUUACAUCUUCAGCAUCAUCAUCAUCACCGUCAAUCUGAAUUUCUUCAGAUUCAAUUGCUUUUCUCUGCUCAUUACGUGCAGAUGUGUAGAAAAAGGGAUACAUUUUUAUUGUACGUCGUCGUCUUGCUGUGAAACGUUGCUUUCGUGGCUCUGCAUUUUUAUUUUGCGGACACUUGUUGCUGUGACUUUUUGUUCUUUACUCGCUUAAGGGUUCCAAUUAUUGUACGGACACUAAUUCCUCCUCUGGGUUUCUUGUUUUUCUUAUGUGUUUUUGGGUCUUUGGUUUUGGUAUUUCUGGAAUGAAAAAUUGGGGGUUUGGAGGAAAUGUGAUUGCUUUUUGGUGAAAUGGGGUGUAAUAAAAUGGUUUUUUUUUUGGCUUGCAUUGAAAAUGGGGAACUGGGUUUGGUAGAGUUCAUGAAGAUUUGAGUUUCUGGGUUCACAAGCUCUCGACUUUGGCUAGAGGUUGGAGUUUUUGCUUUGAAAGAACGAUUUUGAGGUGUUGUUUUGUGGUGGAGAAGAAAAUGAAUGAUAGUACAGGGAAAACGGGGUCGUCUUUGGCAAUAGCAGAGAAGAAGACGCAUAGGCCUGGUGGUUGUGUUGGCAUUUUCUUCCAGCUCUUCGAUUGGAACCGCAGGUUCGCCAAGAAGAAGCUCUUCUCCAAGAAAUUGCUUCCUCCAUCUCGUGCAAAACAAGUUUCAAAGAAGUUUAGAGAUGAGAAGAUGCCCAAUUCCAAGCUUCAUUUGAUUGCUGAUGAAAACAGUGGGGGUUUCCCAAAUGUGAAGAAAAAUGUGAAUCGCAGCGUUGAUUUUGAGCACAAGCAUGAACUGCGAGCUCCAAGUUUGGUUGCUAGGCUAAUGGGUCUUGAAUCCAUGCCUGCCACACGUGAGAACCCCAAGAAAGCUUCAUUUACUGAUGCUUGUGACAGUGGAGAGAAGACAUUUUUGGAUAAUCAUAGUGGUUCUGAUAGAGCAGAAUUGAAUUUGGAGACAGGAAAUGCAAAGUCUGAAUCAAGGCCUCAGAAGCUGCAGAAAAUGGGACCGUAUGAGAAAAGGGCAGUGACUAGGUUUGGAGCUGAGGCACUUCAAAUUAAGAGUGUUUUGUCACGCUCGAGAAAACAUCACCCAAAGCUUGCUUCCCCAGCGAAGAGUCCAAGGAUCCCCUCUGGGAAGAAUGCUUCCCGAACCUCUCGGUUGAUUGAUGCUGCUACUAGAAUUUUGGAACCUGGACUGCAGUCUACAAAUAGAGCAAAAUGUGCCAUCACUUACUCAAGUUCUUUUGAUUAUCCUUCUGUGGAUGAGGUUUUGGCAGAUGGAACAACAGUUCAAUCACCAGAGAUUUCUAGCCAAGCAUGUUAUAAUGUUGGUGCAUCCAAUUCUCUGAUGAGCCAGACUUCUUGCAAAAGCUGUGGUAAUUUAGUAGAUGUUGUGGAUUUAAGAUCAAAAGUGGAGGAACAACAACCUGCUUUCCCAUCCUUGGCUUCAAAUAUUGUCAAUGGCUCUUCGCUGGUAGCGGAACAAAAUAAGCCCAGGUCAUCCAUGUCCUCCUUUGGGCAAGAAAAGGAUGCAAUUUUUCAGGGAACUCGAAACCAACCAGUAUCAGUUUCUGGUCAAAAGGGAAUGCGAUCCCUUGGUGAACCUGUUACAGAAAGGAAGUCUAUGCCUCCCGAAGGUCAAGCUUCAUGGCAGUUGUCAAGUCAACCAUGCAAGCCUCAGAGUGAAGAGGCAUCUUCUAUUACCUUAAAGAACAGGUCUCAGAUGCAGCAUCGUAUGUCACUAGGAAGGGAAAGAAUUCCACCUAGAUCAAAACUAAAUAAUCUUGAUAGCAGAAGAGCCUCAUCGGCUGCAAAUGCUGUCAGAGAGACCAAAGACUUCGUUGCUUUGAACCGGAAUCUGAGCGGUCGCGCCCAACCAAGGGUGCCUACCAAAGCAAACGAUUCUAAGUUUGACACAGAGAGGAAAGCUUUUACUGGGAAAGAUGAUUACCCAUCACAGCUUAGGACCACAAUACGGAAGAGGAGAAUGAUCAAUGUUAGCGGCCAAGUUGAAAGUAGUGGUCUUGUUAGUUCAAGUUCCACAAGACAAGUGAAUUAUCAGUUCGAUGUGCCAACUCGAAAAGGAUUAGGAAAUGGUGCUCGCUUGAUGAACACCACUUCUCCUAAGAGUAAAUUACCCGGUCAGAGAGAAGGUAACAGAGCUAAUGGAAAUAAGGACACUGAUGUUAUUUCAUUCACAUUUAAUUCCCCUAUCAGGAACAAGACUGGAAUCCCCACACAAAUGGAUGGUCCAAGCAUGGACAAUGGCACAAAGCCAUCUUUCCAAAAACCAUUGUCCUUGAGUGGAGAUGCUAUUGGUGCCUUUCUGGAACAAAAAUUUAGAGAGCUUGCUUGUCAAGAAGAUGAUGACUUGGCAGCAGGUGCUUCAUCCAAGAGGUCCACUGCUAUGAUUCUUCAAGAGCUAAUAUCUACCUUGACUGCCGAUCAUUCUCUUUCUCAUGAUGGACACAUGGCCAGUGCAGAUAUAGAAUCACCUGCUCAAAGAAAGACAGAUAGGUCAGUUGGAAUCUUUCAUCAUGGUGAUAGUCUGAGCCCUGGGUCUGUUCUUGAAGCUUCAUUUUCUUCUAGUAGUCUGGAUGAUAGCUCAGGGCAUAGGUCCUUCUACCCUCACUUUAUGGAUUACUCUGAUGAUGCGUUGCAACUGGGACAUUAUGGUGAUUUGAUAGACUCUGCCACUUCAGUGGACAGAAAGAAGACUGGUAGUGAGAUGAUGACUGCCCUUGUCAAUAAUGUAUCUAGGAUAUUACAUAGCAUCAAUGCUGGUGGGGAAAGAUUGAGAGGAGACAAGCUCACCCAUGCAAAUGAAGUUAUCUUGAAAGCUGAACUAUUGUUUGGAGAUGUGACUCAGCAUAAAAUGGAUGUAAUGAAAGGUCUUUUCAUCAGUCCCUUGCUUCUUGACUUGGAAACUAUUGCCAGCAGCAUGAUGAAAAUUUUCGAUGUGUUAAGUAGUUUUGGGGACACCAAAGAGGGAACUAAAAUCAGCGAGUUCCUUUUUGAUUGUGUCAUAGAGCAUUUAGACUCAAAAUAUGGUCGAUACUGUAACUCCGGAUUCAGAUUUUGGGAAAAAUUGCCUUUAUGCAUGAACCGUAAGUUGAUGAUUCAAGAGGUUGAAGACGAGAUGCAAAAGUGGACAGAUUUGGCUGGAAUGAUUCCUGAUGAGAUGAUAGAAUGGGAUAUGAAUCAUGCCCUGGGGAAGUGGACUGAUUUUAAUAUUGAAGCAUUUGAGGCAGGUUCUGAAAUUGACGGGGACAUUCUUCAAAGUCUGGUUAACGAAGUUGUGGUAGAUCUCCGUGAGUGCAGGCUGGGUUCCUUGUGAAUUUCAUGUAGCCUGACCCUUUUUGAGUUCCUAAUAUCAGCCAUGCUACAUGCAUGUUUGUUAAACCAAGCAAAAAUUGUAUUCUUUUGUACAAAUCAAUGGAAGGUUUAGUUCAAUAUUAAGUUAUUGGAUGCUGUGGAUGAGCAUUGUGGGUA